AAUUGUAAUCUCUCUUCUUUUGAAAUUCUAGGGCUUUAUUCUUUGGUUCAUGCUAUGGAGGAGCAACGGUUUGGGGAACGCAACGGAGCCCUCGAGUUUGGAGGUGGUGGAGGUCAGGCGGCAGAGGGGGAAGAGGAGGAGUUGGAGUCGCAGUUGCGCUGUCUCGAUCUCACUAGUUUUCAGCUCCGCGAUCUGAGCGAGAUCGAGAUUACGGAGGACCUCGUCGAGUUGGACCUAAAUGCCAAUAGGCUCUCCAAGUUGGACCAGAGGAUCGCCCUCCUCUCCCAGCUGCGGAAGCUCUCACUUCGGCAGAAUCUCUUCGACGAUGACGGCAUCGAACCCAUCUCCCGCUGGAAUGCCUUAGCUGGCUUGAUUGAAAUAGUAUUCCGGGACAACAGGCUGAGAAAUAUACCUGAUGUUAGCAUUUUCAAGAGCCUUCUCGUAUUUGAUGUCUCUUUCAAUCAGAUAGCUUCCUUAAAUGGCCUGUCAAAGAUCUCAAAUACAUUGAAGGAGCUUUAUCUUUCAAAUAAUGAAAUUAAGAAGAUGGAGGAACUUGAACACUUCCAUUUAUUGCAGAUCCUUGAACUUGGUUCAAAUAGAUUAAGAGUAAUGGAGAACUUGCAGACAUUGACAAAUUUACAAGAGCUAUGGCUUGGACGAAAUCGUAUUAGGACUGUCGACUUGUGUGGGCUAAAUUGUAUCAGAAAAAUAAGUUUACAGAGCAACCGUUUGACAUCCAUGAUAGGGUUGCAGGAAUGCAUCAUGCUUGAAGAACUAUAUUUGAGUCAUAAUGGUAUACAGAAGAUGGAAGGACUAUCCACCUUAGAAAACCUUCAUAUACUGGACAUUUCAUCGAAUAAACUUACUGCAAUUGGUGAUAUUGAAAAGUUGACAAGGUUGGAAGACCUCUGGCUUAAUGAUAACCAAAUAGCUUCUCUAGAAGACAUAGACCUUGCUGUCUCAGGUUCAAGGGAAAAGCUUACAACCAUUUACCUUGAGCGCAAUCCAUGUGCAAGCUUGCCAAAUUAUUCUAGUACCUUGAGGCAGAUUUUUCCAAACCUUCAGCAGAUUGAUUCAGAUAUUUUCAUGUGAGAGAUUGAGUUUCGCUCGUUGCUGAUUGCUGAUUAGUUACCAUUCACCAGUUGAGCUUUCAACUCUCCGUACAGGUUGAAUUGCGACUGUUACACUGCUUUUGGCACACCUCUACCUGUGAGUUUCUUCUCUACAUCUAUGCGCAGCAAAAUUAGGAUUGAUUUACUUUAUUAGGAGAAAGCACCUGCUGCUUUACAGCAACAAGAAAUGAGACAAAAUUGUAGUUUCAUUUUGCCUUUCAUUUAAGUGUUCGGUUUACAAAAUCUAAGUCAGGAAGGACCAGGGAAUUCCUGUCUCAUUAUACUCCUUGAGAUGUGAAAUGCCAUUAAAUUAGGAAUUCCCUUUUCAUUGUAAUCCUUGAGAGCGAAAUGCCAUUUAUUUCUUUAAAAUAAAUAAUACAGGGAUACGUCUUAUAUUA